AUGGCUACCACAGCUAUGGAUUACGAAGCCGCCAAUGGCGAUCGCUUCGAAGGUCAGUCUCAGUCAUCACUCUCGCCAUCUGCACGCCUCCACCAGCAAGCAGCACCAUCCAACACCUCGGCCUCGACGCAUGCCCGAGGAGGCCCUUAUCGAGCAGCAUACGAUAUUGACACCAGACACACGCCUGCAGAUGAAGCUCCUCGUUACGAGCGCGACCAGCGUAGCGCCUCUCCUCGCCGCGAUGACGGCCACGACAGCUCUCGCCGCCGCUCUGCCUCUCCCUCUGGCAACGGCGAUCCGUAUGUCAACUCUCAUCUACCACCAAUCCCUCCUCACUCUCUCUACAACACCACUGCUCCAUCAGCAUCGCACUCACACAUGCAUGGUUCGCGUCUCAACAGGAUCUCGAAGGAUGACACCGGUUCCAAGGAUGACGAUGGUGCGGUCAACCCCGGAUCUAAUCUAUUCGUGACCGGCAUCCAUCCCCGGCUGACCGAGGCCGAGGUCACCCGUCUCUUUGAGAAGUACGGUGAGGUGGAGAAGUGCCAGAUCAUGCGCGACCCUCACUCCAAGGAGUCUCGCGGUUUCGGCUUCGUCAAGAUGGUCCUUUCCGAGCAGGCUGAUGCUGCCAAGGAGGGUCUCCAGGGCGAGCAGAUCGAGGGCCGCACCCUCAGCAUCGAGAAGGCCCGCCGUGGCAAGCCGCGUACUCCCACUCCCGGCAAGUACUUCGGCCCUCCUAAGCGAGGUAGGUACCCAGGCACAUAUUUUGCAGCUCAGGCGUCUCACUUCUUGAAUGAUGCUGAUCGAUUUCUCCCAGACGGCGGCGGUGGUCGUGGUGGUGGUCGUUUCGACCGCUACGAUGAUAGGCGCCGUGGUCCCUAUGGAGGCGGUGGCGGUGGCUACGGUGGCCGAGAUGAUCCGUACCGCUACCGUGGCGGCGGCGGCGGCGGCGGCGGCGGCUAUGACCGUCGCGAGCGGGACUACGACCGUAACUACGAUCGCGGUGGCUAUCGCGAGGACCGUGGAUACGACCGUGGAUACCGUGGUGAGGACCGCGGCUAUGGCGGCCGUGGUGGCGAUGAGUAUAGCCGGGGCGGCGAUCGCUAUGCUGGCCGAGAGGACCGUGAUCGAGGCUACGGAGGCGAGGGACGCUCCUACGGCGGCGGCGGCGGCGGCGGCGGCAGCCGUGAGGACCGCCGUGGCCCUGGCUACGAGCGUGAGCGCUACGACCGGGGUGGUGACCGGGACGCUGCUCGCUCUCGCGACCCUGCCCCUGCGGGCGGUGCCGGCUAUGCCGAGUCUGCUCCUCGGGGCGAUCGCGAGGCGUACGGUGGCGGCAGCCACUAA